AUGCUCUCUGCCACCUCCAAGAUGCUCGCGCGCACGUCCUCGGCGUCGAGCGUGUGCUCCGACGACUCCGUCGCCAGCACGGACACCACUAUCAGCCUCGGCCCUGCGGACGCCAUCGUCGAGGGCCCCAAACGCACGCGCAAGCGUUUCACUACGCUUCAGCUCAUAAUGCUCGAGCACCUCUACCACAAGGCGUCGCACCCCACGCGCGAACAACGCGAGCAGCUCGCCAAGGACGCCGAGAUCGACGUCCGCUCUGUGACCGUCUGGUUCCAGAACAAACGCCAGACCGACCGACGCAUACAUCGCCAACUCUCCGAACCUGUCUCUCUCCCGCUCCACCUCCAACCCUGCAGCUCGCCCGCUCCAUCCUCUGCGCUAACCCCGUCAUCCCCCUUCUCGGACGCAUCUGGAAAGACUAUCCAUACUGCACGAGCGCGCACGCGUACAUUGUCAGGCAACUCCGCCGUGUCCACCGCGUCCUUACCCGCCAUGGGCCUCAAACGCGCGCGUGAACACGACCACGACCGGCGGAGUGUACGCCACAAGCCUUCGCGCCUCCUUUCGCUGGACGCGAUCGCCGCACGCACCGAGCGCCCCGUGCUCCUCCCACGCACCCCGCCCCAGUGCCUCUCGUCCUCGCCCGCUCCGGCGUCUGCACGUCCGCACACGCCGGAGCCGCUGUCCGAGGACGAGCCGGGCGGGCGGGCGCUCUGGGAGAACAUGCAGUCGUCCCCGGCCGCGCCCGAGCCGGCGAAGCGCACGGAGAAGGACCUGGUGCGGUACGGGCGGCGGAAGUACACGCUCGAGUACGCGUGCGCGAAGGAGAUGGUGGGCGGCAAGAAGGGCGCGGCGGGGAGGCAGAAGGAGAAGAAGGGUGGGCGUUCUAGCGCGAAGCCUAGAACGCAGAAGGGCGGCCCGCUUCUGGGUGCGGGUACGGAUACGGGUCUCGACGUGCGCGGGGAGGGCCCGCGGGAGAGGGAGGACGACCAGGAGGUGCCGGUGCUGGAGUGGGAUGCGGACAUGCAUGGGGACACCGAUACCGAGGGCGUGCCGUCGGAGGCCGUCACGCCGUCAAGCAGCUUUGGCAUCGGUGGGCUGUCCGUCGCGGACGAUUGCGAGAAGGAGAACGUUGUGGCAGAAACAGAGCGUGCAGCCGAAGACGCGCUCAAGAGGAAGAUGGAGACGCAGGCCUCGACGCGGUCGGACGCCGACUUGAUGGACGUCGCAUACGUCCUUUGUGGGCUCAGCCAGCGUUGCUGA